AUGAGUUCCGUUGACGACUUAAAGAUGAGCAGUGCCGAGCUCAAUCGGAUUGUGCAAAACACGGCUAAUCACCACGCUCUUGACACACCCGAGUACGCAGGAACGCCCAGCGAAGAACCCCCGAAGAAGCCCUCUCCUGCUGAGGAGCGGGAAUCGGGGAUCCUCGACGACGCCGACGUAAUACACGUCGACGAGCCCCGCCGGAGCGCCAGUCCCGAGGAUGUUCGGGGAAGCGCCCGACACCACUAUACCGCCCCCAUCCUGGCCGAGGAUGAGGUCGCUAAAGCUAGCCCCCGCCCCGACCUGCAGGCCGCGGUUGAGCCCUCGGUCGAUGCCGCCGCCGAAGACGAAGAGCCCCUGACGGAGCCUAUCCGAAGGCCCUCGAUCAACUUUGAAGUUCUCCCGAGCGAUUUCCCGCGCCCCGAGGCUCGCAAGGUGCCGCCCCCGCCUUCCAACUACGAGGCUCUCUUCAAGGACGGAGAGGAGGAGGCUGUUGAGGACGAUGAUGAGAAGACGAACACGAGGGACUCAGCUAUCCACAAAUUCCCCAGCAAGGACAUUUGGGAGGAUGCGCCUAGUAGCGCCUACUACACGACCGAGGUGUCGACGCCUGAUAUCCCCAGCGAAGAUCCCCGUCUCAAGGCCAUCGAUACUCCCGAGCGAAAUAACCCCACUCCCGUGCAGGCAUUUGCCCAAUACCAAGAGGAGCUGGCGGAAAAGGAAGCGCAGAGGACCAAGAACUUUGUGCCCCGCGGCGACAAGCCCUCGCAAUCCUGGCUUCCCGUGCAAGAGGUACCCCAAGUGCCUAAGCGCCCUAACCAGCAAAAGCGGUUCCCCAGCCGUGACGUGUGGGAGGAUGCCCCCGACAGUGCCCUUUACGAGACCACCGUGUCGGCGGAUCAGCAACCAGACGCUAAGCCCGACAUCCCCUCCCGACCCGCCAAGGCUGCGGAGAAGCCCUCCAUCCCCGAUCGUCCGGCGCGAGGAAACGAACCCCCUGCCAUUCCCGAUCGCCCUGGCCGAAAGAGCGUCGACAAGCCCGCCGUUCCAGAGAGGAGACCGUCCAUACCCGAUCGGCCUGCUGUUCCCGAUCGGCCUAGGGUUAAAAAGGAGCUCAGUAAUGAAGGCAAGGCUCCUGUGGUUGACAAGCCGAAGCCCUUCCUGCCUCCUCGCCCGGCGAGGCCCUCGUCCACAUCUCCGGUAGAGGCGAGCGAGCCACCCGCACUGCCCAAGGCUCGGCCAUCCAUCCCCUCUCGCCCGGCAAAGGCCGCCGCUGCCACCGCCGGCACUGCCGCCGCCCCCGCGACCGAGACUAGAGAGCCUCCUGCCGUCCCCAAAGCGGUUGCAGCUCGGGCCGCAGGCGCCCAAAAGGAGGAGCCCGAGCCUGAGGCCGCCGCGGAAGAAGAGAAGCCCGCCGAGAAGAAGCCCCUCGCCGACGCUAGGAAGGGACGUGCCAGGGGCCCUCAGAGGAGAGCACCUGCCAAGAGCCCGGCGCCCCCUGCUGCCACAGCCCCCACGGAUGCCGAGAAGCCGAGCGCGCCAUCGCUUGCUCUUUCUACCGCACAGACGGUCUGGAGUAUCGAUCCGGAGAGUAGUGAUUUGGAGGUCAAGCCCGUCGAAGCGGCUGCUCCCGAGCCCGUGGCCGAGUCGCCCAAGGAUGAGCCGCUGACUCGCGAGUCAUCUGCCGUAUCGGCCGCGUCCGUUGAAAAGGCGGCGCCGUCCAUUGUUUCGGACACUGGGUCUGCCGAAGGGGCGCCGUCCGAGAGCAAUGGGCCAUCCGCGCUUGAUGCGGAGGAGGCUACGACGGCUGCACCAUCCGAACCGAGAAAAUCUAUUGAUGAAGAGCCUAAGCUGGACGCCGCUCCUGGUCCUGACCUCGGGGUCGAGGCCGACGACGCUUCAAAGGUUAGUGACCUCAACGCAGUUUCCGCGGAUCGCGCUGGGUCUGAGAAGCCAGGCGCUGCCGUCGCUGCCACUGAUGCGGAGGAGGCGGGUGAAGGUGAGGAAAAUAAUUUCCUCCCACUAAACGACACCAAGGCGUGA